AUGAGAGCUGCGGGCUCAGCAGAGAUAGACAAAGAUGAACAAGAAAUAGGCGACUCAGAAAAGGGGAGGUCUUACCUCGAAGAUAAACUGCUCCUCAUUCCACAAAAUGCACCGCUCACCCUAGGUGCACUUGCUAUGGCACUCUGUCAGAUAGCGGCUUUGCCAGGAGUAGCCCUCCCUGCGAUCAACACAGUCUGUGCGGUCACUUUUCUGCUAAGGGAUGUCGAAUUAGGGGCGGUGGCAGAGGACAUCAGGGACAUUGCCAUCACACAGUUCACUGAGUUGACCAGCGACUUGAGAGAGUUCACAGAGGGGCUGAGGGUGAAGGUCAUGGAGGAGCUGGAGAAAAAGAUGGAGGUACUGACAGAGAAAACAGUGGAAUUGGCAGAGGUGGUGGAAAAGGUGACACAGCAGGCAGGGAACACAGCCAGCUCGCCUUACAGGGAUGCGCUGAUUAGGGCGACCUCUGGGGCCCCCUUAAAUGCUAACCCUAGGCUGGCCGCAAAAGAAAGCAUAAGACAAGGACAAUCUUUGGUCAACCUACCCAGGGAAUCAAGACUACGGGAUUGCACCAACCUGGUUCUAGUGGGCAAGUUUUCAGAGGCCAUGGGUAGGGCGACAGCUCUACAGCACAAAGUCAGAUCGGCGUUGAAGCUCCAGAACGGUGGAAUCUUGAUAGAAAUGGCUACUGACGAAGGCGUGGCAUGGCUGGCAACGAAGCCCAACGCGGAAUCUUUCCUGCGAGAGCUAGGGGAGACAGAAGCCUCGUUCAAGACGAGGUCAUACAACAUCAUCGCCUACUACGUGCCCUUGAACCUGGAUACUAACAGUGAAAAGGAUAGAAGGGAGAUCAAGGAGGCUAACAACUUCCCAAAGGGCGCCAUAAUGAAGCUGAGGUGGAUCAAGCCCCCUGCUCGAAGGCGGACUGAUCAACGUUUUGCCCACGUCUUCGUCACCUUCUCAGAUGCGGACUCAGCAAAUUGGGCGAUAGUAAAUGGGUUAUCAAUAUGCAACAAAAGGGUGUCAGCGGCUAAGAGCAGGAAGGAGCCUAUCCGAUGCCUCAAAUGUCAAGGAUGGGACCACAUUGCGGCGGAGUGCGUCGUCAGCAGGGACGUAAACAUAUGCGGCACAUGUGGGGCAAGGGACCAUUGGACGAGCAAGUGCGAACAGCAGGGGACAGUCUUCUGUACUUCAUGCAAGACAGAUGACCACACCAGCUGGGACCACAACUGUCCAACGUUCCUCCAGAAGAUCGAGGAUCUCAAUGCCAGGGACCCAGCUAAUGACUUAUCCUUCUUUCCAGCUAGGGAGUCAUGGACGUGGGUGCCGUUCUAUCCAUUGCACAGCCAGCGUGUCCCACCGGCGGAGAUACAGGUCAACGACGCACAAGCAGGCUCCCAGAAGACCAGAUACAGACAAACACAACUAGGUUUCGAGCCCACAGUCCCAGGUGGAAGACCUUACACCAGGGCGCCAAGGGCACGCCAACAUUCGAAGACCCCAGUAGCUGAGUCUCUUCCCCCCAUCUUUCCUAAUCCAGAGUCCCCUUUCGCCCCCCCACCCAUGUCUGAACCACCAGAAUCCUCGAUAACAAGACUACAAAUCCUGCAAAUCAAUCUCAACAAAUCAUCCAAGGUGCACCUAGAAUUAUACAACAAAUUGUCGAGGAAAGACUGGGACAUCAUACUAGUACAAGAACCUCACGUGACGGCCAUGGGUAACAUCAGGACACCAAACGGAUAUGUAAUGGUCGCCCCAGUGGACCGAUACAAGGAUGGAGCACCAGCGACUAAGGCAGUAACAUGGGUCAGCUCAGAUUUGGCGACAAACUCGUGGAAGAUCCUGAACGUACCGGGCACCAACAACAUCACCACCAUACAGCUGGCAGGAAUAUACGGAUGA